AUGCUCUCACGUCCUAAAUGUCAUCGGAGAUUCAAGCACACCGUCUUUGGAUAUCUCAACGUGUUGCUCAAGUGGUACGAGGAGCGGACAUGCCGAAGGUCUCGAGCGAGCAGACCAGAGCAUGGAGGAGGAAAUCGUGCUGCAGGAUUCGUUGCGAUGAAUCUAGGCGCUUGCAAGUGGAGGACGUCAUACGGAUUUCAACCGCUGGCAUCCAAAGCCCAGGCAUUGUAUACAUACGGAGGUCGACCGCAGUAUGCAUAA